GGGGGCGGGAUUUCCGGCGCGAGUUCUGGUAAGUUCGAGAAGGCGCAUGGUGAGCUGGUCGAACUGCUGAUGGAUCAGGCAAAGAUCAAUGAACUUAAAGAGAAGGGCAAUCAAGCCCUGAGCGCUGGGAAGAUAGAUGAUGCCAUCAUAUGUUACAGUGAAGCCAUUAAGCUGGACCCCAAGAACCAUGUACUUUACAGCAACCGAUCUGCUGCCUAUGCAAAAAAGGGGGAGUAUCAAAAAGCCUAUGAAGAUGGAAGCAAAACUGUUGAGAUUAAACCAGAUUGGGGCAAGGGUUACUCGAGGAAGGCUGCAGCCUUGGAAUUCCUUAAUCGUUUUGAAGAAGCAAAGAAAACCUAUGAGGAGGGUCUGAAACACGAACCAGGAAACACACAGCUGAAAGAUGGAUUGCAAAAAGUGGAUGCCAAACUAGCAGAAAAGAAGUUCAUGAAUCCAUUUGCUUCUCCAAAUCUGUACCAGAAGCUGGAGAAUGACCCCAGGACAAGGGCGUUGCUAAGUGACCCUAGCUACAGGGAAAUGAUUGAGCAGCUGAAAAACAAACCUUCUGAUUUAGCCACGAGACUGCAAGAUCCUAGAAUUAUGACGACUUUAAGUGUUCUGCUUGGAAUUGACCUUCAAGGAGCAGAGGAGGAAGAGGAAGAGACUCCAGCUCCACCUCCACCGAAGAAGGAAACCAAACCCGAGCCAAUGGAGGAGGAACUCCCUGAAAAUAAAAAAAAGGCAUUGAAAGAGAAGGAAUUGGGCAACAAUGCCUAUAAGAAGAAAGACUUUGAAACGGCGUUAAAGCAUUACGAGCAGGCUGCUGAGCUUGACCCUACGAGUAUGACCUAUUUAACCAACAAAGCAGCUGUGUACUUUGAACAAAAUGAAUUUGAGAAAUGCCGCGAAAUCUGUGAAAAAGCCAUUGAAGUAGGACGGGAAAAUCGUGAAGAUUACAGGCAAAUUGCAAAGGCAUACGCACGAAUUGGAAACUCCUACUUCAAGGAAGAAAAGUACAAAGAUGCUGUUCACUUCUACAACAAGUCUCUUGCAGAGCAUAGGACUCCUGACGUCUUAAAGAAAUGUCAGCAAGCUGAAAAGAUCCUAAAGGAUGCAGAGCGAGCAGCUUACAUCAAUCCUGAGCUUGCCCUUGAAGAAAAGAAUAAAGGCAAUGAAUUCUUCCAGAAAGGUGAUUACCCACAGGCAAUGAAACAUUACUCAGAAGCAAUUAAACGCAAUCCUACUGAUGCUAAACUCUACAGUAAUCGAGCUGCAUGCUAUACCAAACUCUUAGAAUUCCCACUGGCUCUGAAGGACUGUGAAGACUGUAUCCGCCUUGAUCCCACAUUUCUUAAGGGUUACACAAGAAAAGGAGCAGCCCUUGAGGCAUUGAAGGAUUUCUCCAAAGCCAUGGAUGUUUAUCAGAAAGCGCUUGAGCUGGACUCUAAUUCCAAGGAAGCUUCUGAAGGUUAUCAGCGCUGCCUUAUGAUGCAAUAUAACCGGAACGACACUCCAGAGGAGGUAAAGCGCCGUGCCAUGGGUGAUCCAGAGGUGCAGCAGAUAAUGAGUGACCCUGCAAUGAGGUUGAUCUUGGAGCAGAUGCAGAAAGAUCCUCAGGCACUAAGCGACCAUUUGAAGAAUCCUGUUAUAGCCCAGAAGAUUCAAAAACUCAUCGAUGUAGGUCUCAUCGCAAUCCGGUGAUGACUCAAGAUUUCAGCAGAGAUGAAGCUAGGACAGUGACAGGAAAAAGCCCUCUGGGGAUUUAAGGGAGGGAGGGAAACCGGAGGAAAAAGACAUAAUUAAAGCAGCCAAAAUAAAAAGUGUACAGCAUCUCACAUUUGUUUUUAUUUGUGACAUCUGAUUAUUUUGUGACCUAAUGAUAUUUAGCGCAAUCUUGGUGCAAACCUAUAGCCUGUGCACUUCAGUAAUUUUAUUGUUUUUAAAAUGACAAUAUGAAAGGUGCAUCUCUGCUGUUGUUAUAACCUUGCAGUAAAUGUAGAGAUGAAGGGGUUUUCACAUUUUGCAGUUUAUUGCAUGUGAAGAGUUGCAUUAAAGUGUUGUAUCCAAUUAUCUGUGCAUCUCUUGUCUUGUUCUGUUUGCUGUACAUUUUACAAUUUACAGACAUGUGUGCAUAUAUGUAAUGUGUGGUAUGUUUUGUGUAAUCCUCUUCAUCAUUUGGUUGUCUUUUUGACUGUAUGGUCUCUCCUUUCUCUGAAUUUUCAUAGUGCCUGUACUUUAACACCAUUUCUCACAUGCAGUUGCCUGGGUAACCAGCAAGUUCUAAUUGUACACAACUACCAUUUUGUUUGGGUUUUUAUUAACCAGUGCUUGCCUCCAUCUGCCUAAAAUGGGAACUGUGUUCCGAUCAUCUACUGAUCGUCAUAUUCUAGUUUUGAAAUGUUCAGGCAUUUUGUGUUCCCCAAAAUGUUUUCUCGCCUUCUAAAGAUGGCGGUUUUCCUGAGCUCUUUCCCACAGAUACCUUAAGAUUUUACCUUGUGAUCAUUCUUUGAAAGCUUGGAAGUGAGUUUGGACAUCAGGAUACAAGAGAGAGUGGACUCCCUGUCCUUUAAAUGAGUGGAGGUGAAUUUGAGUGGUAGCACUUUCAUGUUUAAUUGAAUAUUUUGAAAUGCUCACACUUCCUAAAUCUAAGGGGAACUCCAUCUGAAUUUGUGACAUUCUUCUUAACUCUGAUUUGGAAGGAGUUAUCAACAUUGCAGUUGGUGCUGCUUCAUCUCCCUUGUUCCUGUUUUUCUUUGGCUAAGUUUAAACAGCUGAAUCCACAAGAGACAGUGUGAUCUCAAAUACUGGUGUGAAUGGGGUUCCUUGUUUUUAAUAAGGUGAAUAUUCUAGAUGCUGUCUUCCAGAAACCUUACUCUAAGCACAGGAUAAAUGAAACUGUACCUACUGUUUGUUAAGAAUUGUGUAAAUAAAAUACCGGCAACAUC